CAGCAUGCAAGGGCAAUUUGGUCUUGUCAUGCAGCAGAAGGGAUAUGGUUUGGUUUCCAGGCUCCAGCAAUGAGAGGUGGGCAGAAACAAAACCUCGCAAGAUACUUUGCCAAACCAACGGCAGCAACAGCGAAGACUACAGCAAUAAGAGGAGAUGCUUACUCCUCAGGCCAUUCGGACGUCCCUUCCCUCGCCGCACAGAUCCUUCCCAUACCGGCGUGCUCUGCUAGGCAGGAAGAGAUCUUCCAUCUGUGCCGGCAGUUCCGAAGAUGCCAAACCCGACAAUUCUUCGCAGCUUGGUGGCGACAAACGUCAACAGGAGGUUCUUGCACAGAUCGCCAUGCUUCAAACGCAGAAGGUCCGCAUCACGGACUUCUUGGACGAGCGCUCUGCUUACCUGACCAAGUUUGCCAAGGAUGCCGACACCGAAUUCGACCUGAUUGGGCAGAACGCCAUGAAAGAACUUGAUGCAGUUGGUGACCAGAUAAUGGAGAGGCUCGACAGCAAGAUGCAAGCCUUCGAGGAGACGGCUGAAGUCCAAAGGGAGGAGAUAGAAAUUAACGAGAAGGUGUUAGAAGACUUCGAGGAUUGGAUUGAAAAGGAGAAAAACGAAGGAAUGUUCUUCAAAAGCCUUGGAAAGGUCAAGCCAAAGAACAAGAAGGAAACCAAGGUGGAGGCAAAGGUGGAAGCACAGAAGGUCAAAGAGAUAGCAAAAGAGAGUACAGGGUCGAAAACUCGUAUUAACAUUUACCUUGGGCUGAUGGCAAUACUUGGGCUUACAAUUGCAAAUGCCAUCUUUGCAACGCCUGAGGUGGAGUGGAGGAAGGUUGCUGCUCUGGGUCUGAUUUUCAUUGGCUUGGUUGCUCAGGUCAUCUACGAGCAGGAUAUCUCACCACCAAAAGCUGAGAAUACAGGAAAAAGAGAAGAAUGAGAGUUGCAGACAUGGCAGUAGGGUGUAAUCUUCCCAAAGCAAUGUAAACUGUAUAAAAUUAGCAUGAAUGGAUACAACUUAUAAGCCAAGAAAUUGUUUAACAUGUAGCUUGGCCAAUAAACCACAGAUUUCUCAAACCUGAGAUCUGAUAAACUCAAGCCGUCUUCAA